UCGGUAGUGGUACAUAAAGACCUACUGUAUGUUAUGAUAAGAAUUUAAAAAGACCGUCAGAUCUAGUUUAACGAUUAACUGCUGCCGUUUAAGAUUAAUAAAAACGAUCAAAUGAAACUUUUUGUUAGUGAAGGUAAUCCACACUGUUUGAAGGUGUUGGCUGUGCUCGAACUUACUGGAGUGAAAUGUGACGUGCAGCAUGUCAACCAUGAGGAGAAAGUUGUGCCCUUUCUGAGUCGUACUGUUUUACCUGCUCUCCUGUUACCCACUGAAGAUUACCUCUUCAGCACUAAUGCCAUAUGCCAAUACCUCUCUGAGACCAGUGGCCUGGGAACCGGAGAGGACAGCAGCCAGUGGCUUGAGUGGGAGGCGACAGAGCUUCAGCCUGCUGUGAUGCAAGCUCUCCACAUGAUGGUGCUGCACGGAAAAGCCGCUCAUGCAAGCCAGGCUCUUGAAGGUCCCCUUGGUUACCUGGAGCAGAGCUUAAGCAAAAGGAACAUGCUUUUUCUAACCGCGGAGACAGUGGCAGUUACAGAUGUUAUCCUCUGGGCUGCGCUUUACCCUGUGCUGACAGGUUCUCUGCUUCAGGCAGGAGAGCUUAAGGCUGUGCGUGCCUGGUUUGAGCGAGUCAACCUGCUGCCUGCCUGUGAAACUGCUCUCCAGAAAGUUUUCAAAAGCAAAGAACUGGAUGUACUCAAAGGCUUUCUGCACAAACAGCCGAAUCCACUCAUUCAACAAAAGGAUAACCAGUCUUGCAACCAGCCAGAACAGAUGGAACACAUGAUGACUCCAGAAGAGAUAGAGAUUGUGGCUGAGACUUGGAGCAGAGGACUACACAGCUGUCAGGAGGUGCCUGAAAGACAGCAUCCAAUUCUUCCUCAGGAGGGCAAACGGAACAUCCUUCUCACCAGCGCCCUGCCCUAUGUCAACAACGUUCCUCAUCUGGGCAACAUAAUUGGCUGUGUGCUGAGUGCUGAUGUCUUCGCCAGGUACGGGCGACUGCGGGGCUGGAACCUGCUCUAUAUCUGUGGCACUGAUGAAUACGGGACAGCGACGGAGAACAAGGCCCGUGAAGAGGGUCUGACACCUCAGCAGAUCUGCGAUAAGUACCACGCCGUCCACUCCAGCAUCUACAGAUGGUUCCAGAUCGACUUCGAUUUUUUUGGCCGCACCACAACCCAACGGCAGACUGAGAUUUCUCAGAACAUCUUCUGGCGCCUGCAUGAGAGAGGUUUCCUGCUGGAAGACACAGUGGAGCAGCUCCGCUGUGAGAACUGUGAGCGUUUCCUUGCCGACCGGUUUGUGGAGGGUGUGUGUCCACACUGCCAUUACCCUGAGGCCCGGGGAGACCAGUGUGACAAAUGUGGGCGUCUCAUCAACGCUGUGGAGCUCAAGGAACCUCAGUGUAAGGUGUGCCGACAGACUCCAGUGAUUCGUUCUUCCAAACACCUUUUCCUGGACCUUCCAAAGCUGGAGUCAGACCUGGAGCAGUGGCUGGACCACUCCAUGAGCUCUGGUGACUGGACUGGGAACGCACGGCAUAUCACACGCUCCUGGCUGCGGGAUGGCCUGAAGCCACGCUGCAUCACCAGAGACCUGCAGUGGGGAACAUCGGUGCCACAUCCAGAUUUCUCUGAAAAGGUGUUCUACGUGUGGUUUGAUGCUCCCAUUGGCUACCUCUCAAUUACUGCUAACUACACAGACCAGUGGGAGAGAUGGUGGAAGAACCCACAGCAGGUGGAGCUGUAUAACUUCAUGGCCAAGGACAAUGUUCCAUUUCACAGUGUGGUUUUCCCCUGCUCUCUGCUGGGCGCCCAGGACAACUACACACUGGUCAGCCACCUCGUCGCCACAGAGUACCUAAACUAUGAAGACACUAAGUUCUCCAAGAGCCGUGGUGUAGGGGUGUUUGGGGACAUGGCCAAGGACACAGGGAUCCCGUCAGACAUAUGGCGAUUCUACCUGCUCUACGUCAGACCUGAGGGUCAGGAUUCAGCCUUCUCCUGGGCUGACAUGGCCCUGAAAAACAACUCUGAGCUACUCAACAACCUGGGCAACUUCAUUAACAGAGCAGGAAUGUUUGUGAAUAAAUUCUUUGAGGGUCAUGUGCCUCAGAUAGUUCUGCAGGAGGAAGACAAGAAUCUGAUAGCCCAAGUGGACUGGGAGCUCAAACAAUAUGUGCAGUUGCUGGACAAAGUCAAAAUCCGUGAUGCUUUGAAGUGCAUCCUUAACAUCUCUCGCCAUGGCAACCAGUACAUCCAGGUCAACGAGCCCUGGAAGAAGAUCAGAGGAGGGGACAAUGAUAGGGAAAGAGCUGGUACAGUAACCGGUGUGGCUGUAAACGUGGCAUCUCUGCUGUCUGCUAUGUUACAACCCUACAUGCCCAGCGUCAGCAAAACCAUCCGACAUCAGCUACAGGCACCACUUUCAUGUGCCAGUGCCAUGAUGCAAGGAGCAGGCAGCUUCAUCUGCUCUCUGCCCCCUGGGCACAGCAUUGGCACGGUUAGUCCAUUGUUCCAGAAACUGGAAGCUGAUCAGAUAGAGGCUUUGAAGAAGAGGUUUGGGGGGCAGGAGCCUGAGAGGAGGAGCCAGAGUGAAGCAGUGGUGAAACCCACGGGCUCUACCUUGACAGACAAGGCCAGUACCGGUACUGAUCCGGAAAGGGCAAAGCAGCUGACUGUGGCCGUGGCAGAACAGGGUGAUAAAGUACGGACACUGAAGGCUCAGAAAGCGGAUAAGGCCGUGAUCGGUGAGGAAGUCACCAAACUACUGGAGCUGAAAAAACAGCUGGCAGUGGCUGAAGGGAAGGAUCCAUCUCCAAAGAAAAGCAAAUAGAAGUGAUGCAGACGAAACUAAAUAGGAGAUCACUGGACUAGUGAAGGGAAGAGUUUUUCUCAACAUUUCUGAGUAAUGGGAUCAAUAUUUCUAUAGGACUGUCAGGCGGAGUGUAAAAGUCUGCAUAUAUUUAAAAUCCUAAAAGCUUUGUUACUGUGGGGCUUCAGCAGGCCAUUGGGUUCGGGUGGUACUGUACAAAAAUUAAUCAGCUAAAAUCAGUGCAGACACUCUAACAAUAUAAACCAUGAUAUUUUCCAAAUAUACUUUUUCUUACAUUAUGUACUAUGUGGUCAUCACAUUCUUUGUUGUUCAUUAACUUCAGCUACAAGGAUUGCAGAAAAAAAAAAUCAUUAAGACUUUUUUUUAAGAAAGUUAUCUUUUAACCCAGCUGAGACUCCAUAUGACAUACAUAAAGUGAA